AUGGAAGUAGCAACGAAGAAAUCUAACACAACGCUGUGUAAAGAUCUUCCCUGGGCAACGAAUCGUAUGACUGGCAGUAGUCAAAGCCGAAAGGGGGCUACUGGCACAACAAUGAAAGUUCUGAACACAAAAUCAAGAACCAACCUUGGUUUUUGGAAUGUCCGUACUAUGUACGAAUCGGGUAAACUUGCACAGGUAACGACGGAGAUGAGACGCUAUACUACAACCUACAUAUCAUGGGGGCGAGUGAAUGCAGAUGGACAGGAUCAGGUAGCUAGACAGACGACAGUAACGGGUGGGACACUUCUAUACUCAGGUAGAGAUGACGGUCAACACACAGAAGGAGUGGCAUUAAUCAUGAAAAAGGGAGUAGAGCGAUCAUUGCUAGAAUGGGAGCCUGUCAGCAGUCGUCUGAUAAGAGCUAGACUGAAAGGGAGGCACAUCAACAUCAUUAUCCAGUGCUAUGCCCCGACGAACGACAGUGAAGACGAGACCAAAGACAACUUUUACCUUAGUCUUCAGGCAGAAAUGGAAAAGACAGCUAAGCUCGAACUUAAAGUCGUGAUGGGUGAUCUGAAUGUAAAGGUGGGGAAUGAGGGUACAGAGGAUGACAGGGCUAGGGGGAAACAUGUAUGUGGUAGCAUGAACAACAACGGAGAGAGACUGGUGGCCUUCAGCAACAUGAAUGGCCUGGUCAUUGGAGGGACCUUGUUUCCGCAUCGACUGAUCUACAAGCUGACAUGGUGCUCCCCAAAUGGACGAGAUCAGAAUCAAAUAGACCAUUUAAUGAUUAGCGGGACGUGGCGAUGUUCACUAAUGGACGUUAAGGUGAGGAGAGGAACUGAUGUUGGUAGCGACCAUCACCUGGUGGCAGCCUCUAUCAAGCUCAAGCUUAGAAGCACUGGUCCACAGCCCAAAGGUCACAGACGUUUCGACGUGGAUAGACUAAAGGAUGCAGGUUUAAGAACAGAAUUUACCCUUCAGUUGAGGAAUAGGUUUCUAGCUCUAGUAAACCAUGACGAGCCGAUGGAGGGAGAACAGGAUGAGCUCCUUAACAACAGAUGGGACAUGAUUACAUCAGUGUUUAGACAGAGCAGCGAGAAAUGCUUAGGCUACAGAAAGAAAAGAAAAGACUGGAUGACACCUAAAACCUGGAAUGCAAUUGAGACAAGGCGCGGUAUUAAGAAGAAGGUGAUGGAUGCAAAGUCUGAGAGGCUGAAAGAAAGAUAUCUGGAAGAGUACCGAGAAGCACACAGAAUUGUGAAGAGCCUUGUAAGAGCAGACAAAAGGAAGAGUCGUGAUGACAUGGCGUCAAAAGCGGAAGAAGCAGCAGCCCGCAACCAACAAGGUACUGUAUAUAAGAUUACGAAACUUAUCUCUGGGAAGUGCCACACAAACAACAGCACCCUCAUAAAGAACAAAAAAGGAAGACUACUGACAACUGAGAAAGAGCAGGAAAAGAGAUGGACAGAACACUUUAAAGAAGUUCUCAACAGGCAGCCACCGGCGGAGGAAGCAGACAUACAGGAGGCUGGAGACGACUUAGAAGUCUGA